CAGGACACAAAGAAAUCGUUUGAAUUAUUUGGUAAUCAAUUAAAUUUUACGAAAAAGAUAUAAAUAUUCUCGAAUAGAAGGAAGAACGGAAGGUUAUGUAAAACAGGUGAAAUCGUCCUUAUCUCUAAACUAUUAAGUUGGCCAAAGGAUUGCAUCACUGCCAUACCAGAAUCCGAUUCCCUCGCCCCCAUUAAACUCCUCUUUUUGAGUCUUCUCUUCCACAUUCAUCAGAUUACUCUCAGUACAGGAGUCUACAAUAUUUUAAAUGGCGGAAGCAAAGCUUUUUGAACUCAACAAUGGCACAAUGAAAGUCAACGUCUCCAACUACGGUUGCACCAUUACUUCCCUCUUGGUGCCAGACAAAGAUGGGAAAUUGGCUGAUGUUGUUCAUGGAUUUGACACGCUUGAACCCUAUCUGAAAGGUGCAGCACCUUAUUUUGGCUGCGUCGUCGGCCGGGUAGCAAACAGGAUCAAAGAUGGAAAAUUUACACUCAACGGCAUUGAGCACUCCCUGCCGAUCAACAAGCCACCAAACAGUCUCCAUGGUGGACACAAGGGAUAUGACAAGGUUAUUUGGGAAGUUGCUGAAUAUAAACAAGGCAAAAAUCCGUCAAUUACUUUCAAAUAUCAUUCUCGUGAUGGUGAAGAAGGUUAUCCAGGAGAAGUCCAUAUCACUACAACUUACACGCUUGUGUCUAAGACGACAAUGAGGCUUGACAUGGAAGCAGUUCCAGAAAAUAAGCCGACACCCAUAAGUCUAGCUCAACACACAUAUUGGAACUUAGCAGGUCAUAAUUCAGGAAAUGUUCUUGAUCAUACAAUUCAGAUAUGGGCAAGGCAUAUAACUCCUGUGGAUCAGAACGCUAUCCCAACCGGUGAAAUCAUGCCUGUUGAAGGAACUUCAUAUGACUUCACCACAGAGAAUAAAAUCGGCAGUUGUAUCCAUGAGGUUGGAAUUGGAUAUGACCAUAAUUAUGUGCUCGACUGUGGAGACGAAAAGACAGGGUUGAAGCAUGCAGCAAAAUUGAAGGAUCCGGCUAGCUUAAGGACGUUGAAUUUAUGGACCAGUGCCCCUGGUAUGCAGUUUUACACUGCAAAUUAUGUAAAUGGUAUCGUCGGUAAAGGUGGUGCUGUAUAUGGAAAGCAGUCGGGGGUUUGUCUUGAGACGCAAGGAUUUCCUAAUGCCAUCAACCAAUCAAAUUUUCCGUCUAUUGUUGUCCAACCAGGCGAAAAGUAUAAACACAGCAUGAUGUUCGAGUUCUCAGCUGAGUAGGGUUCAACCUACAGUAAAUACUAAAUUCCCUUGUUCUUCUUCUAUUAGGAAGAUUUGUGAUGAAAAUAAUGUAAGAGUACUUUUGAUAAGUCUAUGAUGUUUGAACAGACUCCUGAAUAACCUUCUGUAUUUAAAUACAAAAACUUACUGAGCAGAGACAAAUGCCAUUUUGGUUAA